AUGAUCUUCGCCCCCCCCCAGUUGACUGAGUGGGAACCCCCUGGGCACAUUGCUCAGUAUAUAGCGCAUUGUAUGCGCAGCCCCCUCUCUAACGAGGAGCGCAGUAAACUGCACAUGGAGUGCCCCUGGCCUUCAGUCCCUGGCUCGGCCUGUAAGACCCCUGAGGUGGACCCUCAAAUCGCCCAAUUCCCAAACAAGUCAUGCUGGAAGCGCAAUAAGGGUCUUGACUUCUCUCUAGAGAGUUGUCAGGAUAAGAUAAUGGACACGUUGAGGCCCUUGUCAAAGGUCUAUGAGCUGCUAGACUCUGCUAAGGCGGGUGAGUUAGAGUUGGACCUAGAAGUCGCCAUCGGCUGGGUACAGCGGGCUAUCUGCCUUCUUUGUAAUGCCAAUAUGGCUAUUUCAGCCAAAUGCCCUAAGCUGGUGAAUAUGGCCAUAUCAGAGCCUGGUCCCGCAACUGAGGGAAUGCUGUUUGGGGACAGUUUUACCAAGGACUUGGGGUCCUACCUGAAGACAUUCACGGUGAUUGACAAAGCCCAGGCAAAUAUCAAGAGGGUGUUUUCUCCAAAUGUUUUUGGAGGAGCCAGGCGUAAUAGGAGCUGUCCACCCGGCCGUGCUUUCCAGGACUUAUUCCGAGCCACUUGA